UUAAGCUGCAGGAUCGACGGCUGCUGAACUACUGACUGGGGCAUCUACCCACUGAUAACUACACCUUCUCCCAUGCGUGCCGAGUAACAUGUCCUAUCUUUACCUUCACCUCUCUCGAGCUGCAAUCCAUUCCCUGCGCCAGCCUUCGUUCCUUAGACCGCGCCACUACAACCCUUUGUCCUUUGCAAGGCGCAUAAGUAGUCAAGGAAGCAUGUCUGACCUUUUCGUCGAAUUAACGGCUCCAAAUGGCCGCAAGUAUACGCAGCCGCGGGGCUUGUUCAUCAAUAACGAGUUUAUCCAGUCAAAAUCUGGGGAGACGAUUACUUCUAUCAACCCGAGCGAUGAAAGUGAGAUAACCUCAGUCUAUGCUGCUGGGCCAGAAGACGUCGACAUCGCCGUUGCGGCUGCCCGAAAAGCUUUCAAGGACCCUUCAUGGCGUGACAUGGAUACGACUGCUCGCGGGGACGUCAUGUAUAAAUUUGCUGAACUUAUCGAGCAGCACAAAGAGACUCUAGCAACGAUUGAGACAUGGGAUAAUGGGAAACCCUACUCUGUCGCCUUGAAUGAAGAUCUUCCGGAAGUUACAGGAACUAUCAAAUAUUAUGCUGGGUAUGCGAACAAGAUUCACGGCCAAGUCAUUGACACGUCUCCGGCCAAACUUGCAUACACAAUCCGCGAGCCGUUGGGUGUUUGCGCACAGAUCAUUCCAUGGAAUUACCCACUGGCUAUGGCGGCAUGGAAGCUAGGCCCGGCACUCUGCACAGGUAACACCGUUGUCCUAAAGGCUGCCGAACAGACUCCGCUAUCAAUCCUCUAUCUGGCAACCUUAGUUAAAGAGGCAGGGUUCCCACCUGGCGUGAUCAAUAUCCUCAAUGGGGAGGGUCGCAAAGCUGGUGCUGCAAUGGCUAUGCAUCUUGAUAUUGACAAGAUUGCCUUCACUGGAUCGACCGCCACUGGAAAGGAAAUUAUGAAAAUGGCAGCAGUGAACAUGAAGAAUAUUACACUAGAAACUGGCGGCAAAUCGCCGCUGCUGGUCUUCGAUGACGCUGAUCUCGACCAAGCCGUGAAAUGGUCGCACAUUGGCAUCAUGCAUAACCAAGGUCAGGUGUGCACGGCUACGUCGAGGAUUCUUGUUCAGGAAGGCGUAUAUGAGCAGUUCGUCAAAGGGUUCAAAGAGUACGUAGCUCAGGCUAGCAUUGUCGGGGAUCCAUUCAAAGACGAUACCUUCCAAGGCCCGCAAGUUACGAAGACACAGUUUGAGAGAGUGCUUUCCUAUAUCGAAUCUGCGAAGUCGGAGGGUGCUACAUUAGAAGCGGGUGGGGAGGUGUUCAAAGAUGUUGGUGGAAAGGGUUUUUUCAUCUCGCCCACCAUCUUUACCAACGUCAAAGACACAAUGAAGGUCUACCGUGAGGAGGUAUUUGGGCCCUUCGUUGUGAUCAGCUCUUUCAAAACUGAAGAGGAGGCCAUCGAACGUGCCAAUGACACUACAUAUGGUUUGGGGGCCGCGGUGUUCACCCAGAAUAUUGCCAAGGCUCACCGCGUAGCAAGGCUCAUCGAGGCUGGCAUGGUCUGGAUAAACUCAAGCAAUGAUUCAGACCUGCGGAUUCCGUUCGGAGGUGUGAAGCAAAGUGGCAUUGGAAGGGAACUUGGUGAGGCAGGACUGGAGGGAUAUACAAACAAGAAGGCCGUUCAUGUCAAUCUUGGCACGAAGUUGUAGGACAGAGGUUAGGGAGUAGACUCGAAAAGGUUCGGACAGAGCUUAGAGGGGCAAUAUCGCAAGGAGCCCUCACCAAUAGCAGUCGGAGGACAGAUGUAUAUCCCCGGAAUAGAUGCAUUUCCAAGCCCUUGUUCUCGGAAUUCGCGCUUGGCGCCAUGGCUUGGAACAUGUUAGGUUUUCGUGGCCGGUAGUGGACGUGUAGUGCACAAUUGA